AUGGCAUCUCCAUCAUUCCGGCCAUUCGAGCUGGAUGAGCAAACUGUCUCGGUGCAAGAGUACAUCGAGAAUGCGUUGAUGGCACUAGUUCAUGAGCUCUCACUACCUGCGUCAGAGGCACACCUCUCGAUCAGUCUCAAGCGUCGAGCCAAUCCCGCCUGCUGCUUCAUCAAUCCCAUCACCGGGGCUCUAGAUGGAGGUUCGAGGGUUGAAUCUAUGAGAACAUAUUCUUGGCCUGGGAAGACGCUGUAUGAGGAAUGGAAGUUCGCCGUCAUCCUUCGAAUCAUGUCUAUCUUGUUGGACGCCAUUCGGACGGGGCAGCUGAUCUCCAAAAGAGAUAUAUAUUAUAUCGAACCCGAGUUCUUUCGUGCCCAAUAUAUAGUAAACAAUAUCAUUGAUGAUCUCGCCUGCACCAUCGGGGUGAACAGAGGGGCUCUGAACGUGGAAGCGGCUGGCAAAGGUCUUGUCGCAGGGAACUUUCGUCUGAUUCGCGAAUCACAAGUCGUUCUCAAUGCACAGUCGCCCACGGAGGACACUUUGAUCCCUCGCCUAAAAAAUGGCGAUGAGAUUGACAUCUCGAGGAUUCGAUGGGUGAUGGUGAUAGAGAAAGAGGCGGUCUUUCAUCGACUCGCACGCAGCGGGUAUCACAUCCGAGCAACCGCAGGAGAAGGAAUCCUGGUCACGGGCAAAGGUUACCCGGAUCUUUCAACCCGAGCAUUCUUGCGCAAACUAUAUGAUGUGGCAUCCACCAGACCGACACCUCUUCGUUUCUAUGCCCUCACAGAUGGCGACCCACACGGAAUGGCCAUCAUGUCGACAUACAAGUAUGGCUCGGUAGCGCAGUUGCAUGAGAAUGCACGACUCAGCCUUCCCCGACUCCAAUGGCUCGGUCUUCGGGUCUCGGAUAUCGUUGCCGUUCCUGACGAAUUUGGGGACAAAGCCCUUUGCCCAUUGACCAAGCGAGAUCGCAACAAGAUCCUGGCUAUGCUGCAAAAUAGUCCUGUAUGGGCGAGUGAUGGUCCAGAGCCUCAGUGGCGAGUGGAGCUGCAGCGUAUGCUGAUGCUCAAUUUCAAGGCGGAGAUUGAGGUCCUGUAUGAGCACACUGGGGGCCUAGAAGGGUGGAUUGAUCGCCGCAUGUUCCGGCAGGAGUGA